AUGCGCACCGCUAGCCUCACCGUUCUUUUCCCAGCAAUACAUGGCGCCCUUGUCCCGGCUUCUCUUUCCUUUGGGAGACCGGAAGAUAGUCAACUCGCAUCACCGAUCGGGUUUCUGGAAACAUACAAAGAUCACAUACUUUCAACGGCGGAUUCCACAUCUACUUCUGCUAUCAGUCAAGCCACUCCAGCUGUGUCAACGACGGUUUCAUGUCUGUCUACCAUCACAAACAAUCCGUCACUCAACACUGGAAAUUCACCCACUUCAUCAUGGAAGGUAGAUGGCCCUGGUGCACCCAAAUUGUCUCCUUCUUCAGUAAUGCUUGACUCCACGAAAUUGACUGCAACAUCCUCAGGAUGCGCAGGCCAGUCAAUGGCCCAUUCCACUUCUGUCACACGACCAACUGCCUCGACUACUCCGAGCCUCGUUUGCAGCAUUAAAACCAGCGCGGCAUCCUCUACAUCCGACUCUGUGGCUCUCGCACCACCGUAUGCGCCCCAGGGCAUACCACCAGGCCCUGAAGGCAUACCAUCAGACUUCCAUAGCUUGUCGAUGCUUCUUCCUUCGAAACCGGCGUCACUCCAAUGGAAGCCAGCGCCCUUGCCCAUGAACCCGACAUCUCUAAAGCCAGCCGCUACAUCAAAGCCAGAUCCGGGUGCCACUGUCAUUACAAGCGUAAUGAAACCGUAUACGCGCUGUCCGUAUCCUUAUCCUCAUAUCUAUUGUGGCAAGACGAAGACAACGUUGAUAGCGAUGACGAGCAAGACGAAAUAGAAGCUGAAGUCGAAGGCGUGCGAUGCUGGGUGUAUUUGUCCUGGAAAUCGGGUUUUGUGUGGUGAGUAUUUUGAAUUUGCUGAUGGAAAGCUUUUAG